AUGGCACUCUGGAGUCUUCUGGGUCCCGGAGCAUACAGCUUUGUGUUUAUUGCUGUUAUCGUGUUGAUUGGGACGCAGCUGUGUAUGCUCGUAUGGAAACGCCGUCGCGGAGAUCUCCCGUUACCCCCUGGCCCGCCUGGCGAGCCAGUGCUGGGUCACUUGCGAAUAAUUCCAACGGACAAUCCUGAGUACGCUUACAUGAAAUGGUCUGACGAGUACAAGUCAGACAUUUUGUCAUUCAAGGUCCUUGGUCAACCAGUCGUUGUCCUCAAUUCGGUUCGAGCCGCCGUGGAUCUUCUCGAUAAAAGAGGUGCCAAUUAUUGUGACCGACCAAGAUUUGUCUUGUUUGAGGUUAUGGGCUGGGGUAAAACCUUGACUUUUUUACGAUGGGGACCAAUAUUCAGAAUGCACCGUCGAAUUCUACAAAGGAACUUCCAGAGGAGCAACAUUGUUCAAUAUCGCCCUGUACAGGAACGGGAAACUGCCGUGAUGCUGCAAGGCAUCCUGGCUAGCCCUUCGUCGUGGGACAACGCUAUUCGGCGCUUUGCAACUGCUGUCGUUCUUGGAAUCGGCUUUGGCAUUACGGUCGAACAAGAUGACGAUCCGUUCAUACAAGUUGCCGCGGACGCUAGCUAUGCCUUAGCCCAUGGUGGUGCUCCCGCUGGAACACCAGUUGACUUCUUUCCAUUUCUCAAAUCCUUACCCUCGUGGUUUCACGAUCGCUCACUAAAAUUCGCCAGAGAUUGGAAGUGGGCUAUUUGCAACUUGCAUGAUAAGCCCUUUGAUGCCGUGUUAGCCUCCAAAGAAAGAGCUGAUUCCCUCAUACAGGAUAUGCUAGACCAGAGACAGUUUCAAAUUGACAACGGUGAACAACCAGAGUUAUCCUUUGACGAUAUUAAGGGAGCAGCUGGAGCCGUUUUCGCGGCUGGUCAGGAUACGACAUGGGCAACCUUGACAGUCUUUAUCCUAAACAUGCUCCUCCAUCCCGAGAUCCAGACAAAAGCACAGGUGUUGUUGGAUAAAGUUGUUGGCCGUGGUAGGUUGCCAAAUUUCCAUGAUCGACCUCAACUUGCGUACAUCGACUACAUUGUUCAGGAAACAUUAAGGUGGUGUCCAGUGUCUCCCAUGGGCGUUCCACACAGAUCAUUGGAAGAUGACUUUUAUAAUGGCUACUUUAUCCCUGCAGGGUCUUUUGUUUACGCCAACGCGCGAGCCAUGACGCAUGAUAGAGAUAUUUAUAAAGACCCGGAUACCUUCUACCCAGAUAGAUAUGCUCCAAAAGACGACGGCGGCUGGGAGGAACCAUUUCCUAUUGGACAAUUUGGCUAUGGUCGAAGAGUAUGUGUUGGCAAACAUUUGGCGGAAGCCAGUGUUUGGAUAGUGGUUGCCUCAACGCUGGGCACAAUGAAUAUCGAAAAGGCCAGGGAUGAGCAAGGCAACGAUAUCAUGCCGAAAGUAGAGCUCACAAAUGGCUUGACAAGUCACCCGAAACCCUACCAAUGCCGAAUUGCGCCAAGGGAUGAAAGGAGCGCCAACCUCAUACGAAGUGUAAUGACGUAA